AUGUGGUGGUUCUUUCGCAUCGUCUCCAGUUUCAUCUUUUUGCUAAUCAUCGUCCUGUCUAUACCUGUCUCCUUCGAUGUAGGCGGACGCGAUAGUGGGCUGGCUUACAGCCUUUCCCUAUUUCUCUUCUAUCUCUUUUACAGCACCGUCAAGCUCGCUACUCCCGAGAACUCGCGCGUACGAUGGGCAUUUACCAAGCUUCUUCAAACCUCCCAAUGGGUUGUCAUCCCCACACUCCUAAUCUGGUCCCUUCACAACUUCGCCGUUGAUGCCAACAGCACAGACUGGGUGUCGAGAACAAUCGGCGGCCUCGGCACUCAAAAACACAGUACUUGGACUGACUGGUUCUUCGGCAAUGGCGGUCUGGUAGAAUCAGUAACCCUCGGCGGUUGGGAUAAGACUCUACGCUACUCUAGCCCCGUUUUCCAGCUUGCCGAAGGAUUCUGCACGCUGUUGGUCAUCCAGGCUGCAGGUUGGAUCUCACGGGAGCUUGUGAAUAGAGGAAGAAGCGACACCUGGGUCCUCAUUCUCCUAAUCUUGUCAGCUUCCAUCAUUGCUAGCUCUGUCUACUUCUUAUGGCGGGUCGCGUCGUUCCCCUCUAUCAACAAUCUUGAUGCGAUACUCAUCGGCGUGACCGUCACAUCUGCCAUUUUUCUGGGAGCUAUAGGAAUCAGUACUGGGCGUGGAAAUCCUGUAGAAUCGUCUCUCAUAUUCGCCUACGUUGUUCUAUGCGUCUACCAGAUAUUCACAGACUAUGUCCAAUCAUCGGAGGCCCAAGCCGCCGCUGCGGAGCAAGCUGCCAACCAACCGGAAUUCCCACCUCUUCCGCCUAUCAUCAUGGCAAGCUACUCAACUCUUCUCCACCUCUUUAACUUCUUGCCUUCAGCCGUCUACUCGUCACUGAGUUUCCUAUAUGCGGCAUUUCAGACUAUCGCCCCUUCCGUGAUGAUCUCUCUGGUUUACCGACUAAUCGUAUUCUACUGCGCAACCCGUAUCAUUCCAGCAGUACGGGAGUCAGGUAUCGCGUCUCUUAUAAAUGAGCCCUCUUUCGACGACUCGGACGAUGCAAACCGCUUAUUAGGUUUCCUCUCUUGGUUCUCGCCUUCAAUACUAAUCGCCGUCUACACAAGCCUCCUGCUGCAGCACUUUUCUGCCAGCGGCGGUGACGAAGGUUGGACACUCCGACACGGUGAUGCAGGAGGCAACACUUGGCGUUGGGUUAACGUUGCCGCUACGAUGAUUCUCUACGCCAACGAGUUACGUAUAGGCAACGAGCAUCUGAAGGCGGACUAG